AUGGGGCAUAUGCGGAAGGUGGAGGAGGAUCAAUCAAAUCAAUUAAAGCGAUGUUAUCUACCGCAUCACGCUGUUCUAAAGGAGUCCAGUACCACUACGAAAUUGAGAGUAGUUUUUGAUGCCUCAUGCAAAACAUCGAACGGUAUUUCUUUAAAUGACGCAUUGUUCGUGGGUCCAGUUAUUCAACGAGACCUCAGGGCAAUUAUCCUUCGCUGUCGAACUUAUCAAGUGAUGAUUGUGGCUGACAUUGAGAAAAUGUUUCGCCAGAUAAACAUAGAUCCCAAGGAUGCACCACUGCAGAGUAUUUUAUGGCGGGCUGAUGAGAAUGAAAACCUAGCAACGUACGAGUUGUCCACAGUAACUUACGGGACGAAACCCGCACCAUUCCUGGCAACUCGCACUUUGAAACAACUGGCAUCUGAUGAACGUGAGAGAUAUCCACUAGCUGCGAAGGCAGUCGAAGAAGAUAUGUACAUCGACGACUUAAUCACAGGAACGGAUGACGUCAAUACAGCAAUAGAUUUAAGAAGACAAAUGUGA